AUGACUUGUUCCAAUCCUACUAGUAGUAUCAAUGUCACCACCAAUGAUCACAACACACCUUGUUCCAACAAUAAACCUCUAGAUAAGAUGUACAAAGGGGUGAGGAAGAGAAAAUGGGGAAAAUGGGUAUCUGAAAUUAGGCUUCCAAAUAGUAGGGAGAGAAUAUGGUUAGGAUCAUAUGACACACAAGAAAAAGCAGCUAGGGCAUUUGAUGCAGCCCUAUAUUGUCUACGUGGUCCUCAUGCUAGUUUCAAUUUCCCUAACACACCUCUUACCAUCAAUUUAGUUUUUCAUCAUAGUGUUAGUCACAACUCUCUUUCCCCUCAAGAGAUUCAAGAGAUUGCUGCAAAAUUUGCCAAUGAAUUACCAAUUGAGCUUACUCAAGAAGAAGAUCAACAAGUACCUUCAGAAUCACAAAAUGAUGCCAAUUCCAAUUCUUAUUCAUAUCCUCUAGAUAAUGAUAUUGGUGAUUUGAGAAGGAUGGAUUGGAGAUUUGAGGAUAUGUUUGAUGACAUGAAUAGGGUUGCUAAUUGCUCUAAUUUUUAUGGGCUACAAAAUAUGCAAUAUUCAACUCAACUUUUUGAAGAGGAUAAUGUGGACCAAAUUGAAUGUGAAGAUACCUUUUCUAAUCAUUCAAUCCUUUGGAAUUGGAAUUUUUGA